AAGAUCUGACUAAUCCUACAUAUUUUGGACAGGUGGGAAAAUUAGCUGAUCUUGUUCUUUGGAAACCUUCUUUCUUUGGUGCUAAACCAGAACUGGUUGUAAAGGGAGGCGCAAUUGCAUGGGCUAAUAUGGGUGAUCCCAAUGCUAGUAUUCCAACACCUGAACCUGUUGUGAUGCGUCCUAUGUUUGGUGCAUUUGGAAAAGCGGGAAGUUCCAACUCAAUUGCAUUUGUGAGCAAGGUUGCUAAAGAAGCUGGUAUUGCAAUGGAGUACAAAUUGGAGAAAAGGGUGGAAGCUGUUAGAGGUGUUCGACGUUUGACAAAGCUUGACAUGAAGCUCAAUGAUGUUCUUCCAAAAAUAAAAGUUGACCCCGAGACCUACACAGUUACUGCUGAUGGAGAGGUUUUGACAUGCCAACCAGCACCCACAGUACCACUCUCUCGGAAUUACUUCCUAUUCUAGACUAUCACUGCAUCAGCAAUAUUUUUUCAUGAUGUACAUUAGGGUCUCUCAAUUGUGGCCAGAAACGGAUCCUAUGAAAUAAAUGGACUCUUUGUACCCA